AUUGGCUCUGCAGACAGUUGCCCGACUUCUGUGCACUGUUCACUUCAAAAUGCGCUGACCCCGCUCUGUCAUUUUGCUUGGCCUACCACUUCAUGGCUGAGUUGCUGCUGUUCCCAGUUGCUUCCACUUUGUUAUAAUACCACUAACAGUUGACCGUGGAAUAUUUAGUAGCAAGAAAAUUUCAGGGAUGGACUUAUUACACAGGUGGCAACCUAUCAUGGUACCAUGCUUGAAUUCACUGAGCUCCUGAGAGCGACCCAUUCUUUCACAAAUGUUUGUUAAGGCACUCUGCAUGCCUAGGUGCUUGAUUUUAUACACCUGUGGCCAUGGAGGUGAUUUGAACACCUGAAUCCAAUGAUUUGGAGGGGUGUCCCA